AUGACCCUCUCGUAUCUGGUAUCGACAGCCGGGCAUGCUCAGCAUCAGAACGAUACCCACCCGCACGAUGUCCAGUCGAUCCUCCAACUCAUUGUCGACGGCGCAAAGGAGUUUAAGGAUGAGAAGGUCGUAGGUUUCACAAGGGAGGAUAAGGGCUCUUGGGUGUGUGAUCGCUACUCAUACGUCGAGCUACUGUCUCUUGCGACGGCAAUGGAGGAUAUGCUGCGUCGGAGCGGUAUCCCUCGAGCUCAGGAGGGAGUGGUCUCCCUGCUCUGUCCAACGGGGCUGGAUUUUCUGGUCUCUUGGAUAGCGCUUAUGCGUAUGGGCUAUGGUGUCGUCUUCACAGCACCCCAGUGCUCCCCCUCUGCCGUGGCUCACCUCGCCAACUCCUCAUCUUCGGCGUACAUCAUCUAUCACCUGAAGUACCAAGAGCUCGCUGCAGCCGCUCGUCCCCUUUCCAGCCAAAUCCCGCUCGUCGAGCUUCCGCCAUUACCCACCGUCUCGCCUUCGCAUCCCUUACCGCCCGCACCAGAGGUAUCACUUCCACACGCCGGUUCCGUCUCGCACAUCUUCCACACGUCAGGGACGAGCGGUACUCCCAAGCCCAUCCCCCAUACCCACUACGGCAGUGUCGCGCCCCUCCCACGCCGAGCUCUCCCUUCCUAUCUCCACGACUACGCUUCAGGAUCGGACAUGGCCCCUUCUGGUUCGGCAGCAUUCACCACAACUCCGCUCUUCCACGGUGGCGUCUCGGACUUGCUGCGAGCAUGGAUGGCGCGAAGUAUGAUCUAUUUCUACCCCACAAGCGAUACGGCCAUCACCGUGUCGAACGUCGUCAAGGCGGUCGAGGGCUGUAAUGGGCCCCCACCGCCUCUGUCGGCCAAGCGAGGGAUGGGGAAGAUAUCGGAGGAUCAGCUGGAGGAGCGGGACUGGCGCUUCAAGGCGACUGCGUUCUUGUCGGUUCCAUAUAUCCUCACCAUACUGGCGGAGGACGAGGAUGGGCCGGGAAUGGAGAUGCUCAGGAAGAUGGAGCUGGUCAGUACGGGUGGAGCGCCCCUGGACUCGGCGGUAGGUGACAGGAUGGUCCAGCGUGGAGUGAGGCUGGUCAGCAGAUUGGGAAGCAGCGAGUGUGGAUUCUUGCUCAGCUCGCAUCGCGAUUAUCAUACCGAAAUGGACUGGGAGUGGCUGAGGAACGACUCGCGUUACGCGGAUGCGCUUGUCUUUGAGCCUACAAAGAGCAAUCGGGAGGACGGGAGUUACGCUACUGGAGAUCUGUACGAGCGACAUGAGCGCAAGCCUGGGGUAUGGCGAUACGCGGGCAGAGGUGAUGACGUCUUGGUCAUGAGCAAUGGCGAGAAGGCAUCUCCUGGGCCUAUUGAGCUGGCUUUCCGCUCUUCACCACUCAUCGCCGAUGUUCUCGUUGUCGGCGCCCAGCGGUCCCAGCUCGGCCUCCUUCUCUUCCCUCGACAGACUGCUUACCCUAUCUCUCCGACUCUUCUGCGAGACCUCGCCCCGCAGUUCAAGCGCGCCAAUGACGCUUCGCCGACGUAUGCGCAAGUCUCGACCGAGAUGUGCGCGAUCAUCGACAUUUCGAGCGGGAAGGAAUUGCCCAAGAGCAGUAAAGGGACGAUACAGCGGGGAGUGGCGAAUGAGGUGUUCAAGGAGGAGAUUCAGGCGCUGUAUGGCGGUGGGGAGGAGCAGGGUGGGCCGGAUCUGCCAAAGAGGUCGGUCGGGGAGAUUGCGGAGGAGGUGGAGCGGAUCAUAGUGGGUGUGGUACAGUCGAAGCUCAAGGUCGAGGGGCUGCGGAUGGGAACGGAUCUGUUCAGCUGGGGCGUGGACUCGCUCAUGGCCACGAGAAUACGAAAUGCCAUGCUCAAGAGCUUGAACAUCGGUACUGGCAAGUUGUCGACCAAUGUUGUGUUUGAGAGACCGACAAUCACCUUACUCGCGCAGCAUGUCCAUGAUCUGCAGGAAGGCCGAACGACAUCGUCAGACCCAGCGUCGGACGCUUCGCAACUCAUGCGCGACUUGGCGGACAAGUACGGCUCGUUCAGCAAGUCAGCAGUCCGACCUGUUGAGCGAGAGAAGCGGAACGAAGGACGGACCAUUCUUCUGACAGGCGCUACUGGCUCACUAGGCUCCUACCUCCUGCAAGAGCUCCUCGCCAGUAAUCCAGACGACAGGGUCAUGUGCCUCGUGCGAGCAGGAAACAACGAGACUGCCGAACGACGAGUACGAGCCGCGAUGAGCUCGCGCGGGCUCUCGUACAACCCGGACAGGACGGAGAUGUAUGGGUCGAAUCUGGCACUGGAGGAUCUGGGCCUGGGCAAGGAGUUGUGGUAUGGAAGUAUCGUCAAGAGAGUGGAUAUUGUCAUUCAUGCGGCCUGGCCGGUGCACUUCAGUAGCAGCUUGAUUUCUUUCGAGGACAACAUCAAGGGUACCCGAAACUUGAUCGACCUGAUCGCCCAGACCUCGUCCGCCAAGCUAUACUUUUGCUCCUCUCUCGCUUCAGUCCUCAGCGGCUCGUCAUCCGGCCCAAUCACGGAGGACCGGACGGACGACCCGUCCACCGCUUCAGGGAUCGGAUACUCUCAGUCCAAGUGGACGACCGAGCAGGUCUGCCUGCGCGCCAAUGAGGCUCUAUCGGGGACGGGCACAGAAAAGGAGGGACGAGUGGGGAUCCUGCGUGUGGGGCAGUUGUGUGGGGAUAAGCAGAGUGGGAGGUGGAAUGAAAAGGAAGGGUGGCCUUUGAUGAUCCGGACGGCGGAGGAGGUCGGGUGUUUGCCACUGCUGGAUGAGAACCCGACGUGGCUACCGGUCGAUAUCGCCGCGAAAGCUAUUAUCGAUAUCAUCGCUACACCCAUCUCCCCCUCUCUGCCAAUCUACCAUAUCGUCCACCCUACACCAUUCGCCUGGACGUCCAUGCUCGACCACCUCGAAGCGGCGGGGCUGGAAUUUGCGCGCGUACCCCCUGCGGAAUGGGUGGAGAGGAUGGACCGGAGUGAGGAGGAUCUGGAGAAGAAUCCUAGUAGAGGGAUGUUGGAGAUGUGGCGGGGUGCCUACGGUCCGAACUCGAUAAAGACUGACGAUCGGGCUAUUGAGACUCGUCGAGCCCAAACGGCGUCACCGAGUCUGCGGCAAGUUGAGCCAAUUGGGGAAGAGCUGGUGAAGACUAUGGUGGCUGCCUGGCGUGAAUCUGGGUUCUUGAAGAAGCGGAAGUCUAGCGUAGAAGAAUAG